ACAUUAUCUAUGAUAAAUAGUUUAAAAUCAUGUUUAGGUUAAUGGUCAGUCCAUAGAUAGGUUAGUCAUCAUGAUCUUCAAGAUGCAAUGAUGGCAAUGAUGAUUUUAAGGGAAUGCAAGAUUAUUACAGCAAACAAAAGAUUUCGUACAUGUCGUUUUUUUUGUUAUGGAUCAGAUUUAAAACCUCCAUGGAAAAUUUUAUUUUUCGGUAAUGAUAGUUUUUCUCUUUAUACUCUAAAAAUGUUAAGUGAUGAUCAGAAAUGUAAGCCGCUAGUUAAGAAUUUGGAGGUAGUCACAUCAGUUAAAAUGUGGUCUAAGGAUGUAGUAAAACAGUUCGCUUUAGAACGCAACCUUAAGUAUCACAAAUGGCCUUUAAGGUCUUUAAAGUCCGGUGACUUUGACUUUGGAAUAGUAGUUUCAUUUGGUAAACUGAUACCAGAAAGCGUAAUAAAUAAGUUUUCUUUAGGUAUUUUAAACGUUCAUGCGAGUCUCUUACCAAGGUGGAGAGGAGCUGCCCCAAUUAUUCAUGCCAUUGCUAAUGGUGAUCAAAUGACAGGUGUUACUAUUAUGAAAAUAAAACCAUACCACUUUGAUGUGGGUGAUAUACUUCAUCAGAAAGAAAUUCCUUUGGAACGAGGAAUUAAUGCCAUUCAGUUGCAUAAUAAACUAGGUCAUCUUGGAGCAGAAGCUCUUGCAGAAGUACUUAAUGAUUUAUCACGCUAUGUGAAGUCGGCAAGACCACAGCCAACUGAGAAUGCUACAUAUGCACCUAAAGUGGCACCUGUAAUGUCAUAUAUAAAUUGGGAAACUAUGCCAUCAGAAAAAAUUUGCAAUAUUUCUAGUGCCUUGGUUAAGGUUUAUGAUUUGGUAGCAGUAUGGAAUAAACAGUUGAUAAAACUGUUGGACAUAAAUGAAUAUGGCACACCAGUAAAUGAUGAUGAUUUUGAAAUUGGGGGUGUACAGUAUAAUAAAAACAUUUCUAAACUGUUAGUAAAGUGUCAAGAUGGAAAGUGGAUAAGUGUUGGUGGAGUUAAAAUUGCUGGAAGUAAAGUAAUAUCUGCAACUGAUUUUAACAAUGGUUACCUCAAGAAACAACCCAAAAGUAUGAGAAAGUUUACAUCUUAUGUAGAUAAUUUAUGUAAAAAAUCAUAAUUUACACUUUACUUUUAAUUUAA